AACAUGGAUCCAACCGAUUAUCGUGCCCUGCACGAGCGGCAGAUGGAAAACAACAACGGAACAACGGCUCUGAAUGUGUUCCUGCACAUAGCACCGCCUGUGUUUAGCGUGUUUCACACCGUGCAGCUUAUCGCGGUGGCCAGCAUAACACACAUACCUCUCCGCUUCUUGGUCGAGUUUUUCCUCAUCGUACUGCCGUUCGUUUUGCUCGUUACCGUACUGCACCGGUUAGCCCUGAACAUAACGCUUACCCUGCUCGUCCUGUCCGCGAUAUCGGCUGUCCAUCAGAUCCGUCACCGAUUGCACCUGAUGCCGUUCGUACAGGUGCCGGGAAAAUCGCCCCAAUUCCUAACCUGUGUCCGUGCGCUGGUAAACCUUACGACGGCCGUCUGCAUACUGGCGGUUGACUUUCAUUGCUUUCCCCGCGAACUUGCCAAAACGGAAACAUUCGGCUAUGGGCUUAUGGACAUCGGCGUAGGCUUGUACGUGUUCAGCAAUGGUAUCGUAUACCGGGUACGACCUGCGGACGAACGACGAAUAAGUGCCGCCCGAGUAUGGAAAAUCCUGUCCGGCACAGGACCACUACUCCUGCUCGGUUUCGGCCGCUUUUUCCUUACCAACGAGCUGGACUAUCAGCUGCACGUGUCCGAGUACGGUGUACACUGGAACUUUUUCAUCACACUCGCGUUCGUCAAGUUUGCCGGCACACUCAUCAUGGAUCUGGUGCACGACCCGGAAGUGAUCAAGUUCGUCGCCAUCACGCUGCUUUGCUGUCACGAAAUGAUGCUCCAUCUCGGUGUGUCCCGGUAUGUGCUCAGUCCGGACACACAACGCACAACGUUUUUUGCCGCCAAUCGGGAAGGAAUCGUAUCGCUGCCCGGCUAUCUGGCCCUUUUUCUCGCCUCCGUCUACAUCGGUUGGGUUGUACGACCAACGGAGGAGAUAACGGUCGCGAAAAAGUUCCUACGCCGGGCGGGUAAAAUUGCCAUCAUAGCCGUUGUCUGCUGGAAGAUGAUUUACGUGUGCGAGGACAUGUUCGGAAUUUCGCGCCGACUUGCCAACAUGGGCUACUGUUUCUGGAUACUGGCGAUCGGGAGCAGCGUAACGGCACUGUUUAUGUUUUUCGAGCUGUUUGUGUACUUUGUUCGGUUCGAGGAACCGAAAUCACCGGACCAGAUCAUGAAGACGGAUGAUUUCUGCAUUCCCUACGUACCGCUCGUACUGCAAGCGAUCAAUGCGAAUGGACUGUUCUUCUUUCUGAUUGCGAAUCUACUAACCGGACUGGUGAAUCUUGUGUUUCAAACGUUCCUGCUGGGCAGUGCAGCUGCACUGACGAUCAUCGCCUACUACAUGUUUAUGCUGUGUGUAGCGGUAUGCUUCCUGUACGUGAAUAAUGUUAAGCUAAAGAUAUGGUAAAGUGUCAUGGCGGUGGCACUUU